CCGAAUGCCCCCCGGGGCCGCCCGGCGCUCAGGUCCGCCUGGCCGUGCUGGGUGCCCGCGGCGUCGGCAAGAGCGGUGAGUGCGGGGCUGCCAGUCCCCUUCCCCUUCCCCUGCCUGUCCGUCCGUCCCUCCUAACGCGGCCCUCUGUGUUUCAGCCAUGAUCGUGCGGUUCCUGACCAAGCGCUUCAUCGGCGACUACGAGCCCAACACAGGCAACCUCUACUCCCGGCUGGUCCAUCUGGACGGGGACCACGUUGCCGUGCAGAUCCAAGACACGCCGGGAUGCAUCCAGGCACAGGAAGACUGCAUGCAGGUGCUGGACUCCCUGUCCAGGUGUGUGAAGUGGGCAGAAGGCUUCCUGCUGGUCUACUCCAUCACGGACUACAGCAGCUACCAGUCAGUUCAGCCUCUCUAUCAGCACAUCCGCAAGGUGCACCCCGAUGCCAGAACUCCCAUCAUUAUUGUGGGGAACAAAGCAGACCUCCUCCAUGCCAGGCAAGUACAAGCAAAAGAGGGACUACAGCUGGCAGAUGAACUGGGCAGCCUGUUCUUGGAAAUCUCCACCAGUGAGGACUCCCAAGGUGUCUGUGAUGUCUUCCAGUAUCUUUGCAAGGAGGUCAGCAAACUUCAGCAUGCUGGUAGCACGGACAGGAGGCGGUCAUCCAUCAUCCCUCGGCCCAAAUCUCCCAACAUGCAAGAUCUAAAGAGACGUUUCAAACAGGCUUUAUCUUCCAAAGUCAAGUAAACCUUCCAAUGAGAUCCUGUGGGACUCAAUAGAAUUUAUUUUUGUAAACUAGUUAAUAAAAAUCUUUAUUUUUGUACUAA